CUGCGUGUGGCUGUGGGAGAUAGUGUGGUUGUCCAGAAAGGACGUUUCGUAAAGAGCCCAGGCUUUCUUUUCUCAAAAGUCUGAUCUUCGUGGCUUCUUCCCCGCAAGGCGGCAGUUAACAUUGUACUCUGUGGGACUGGCGUCGUUUACAACCAGUUUAGGCUGUUUUUCUGAGUUAAUUGAAGGGAGACAGUGUUGAAAUAUGGAGCUGAAGUAACGGGCAUUUCCCCAAACAUGUGUAGAAGAAACCAUUUAACCUCACUCUCCAUAAAUAAAUCCUAUUGAUCCUCCCUCUCUCUCUAACGGGAAUACUAUUUCAUAUCAUACAUCAUCACAUGAUACCUCAUAUUCCCAGAAUGGGCAGAGCAUAAAGUAUCAAAGACCAGACCGAAAUAGCCCUGGUCACGCAGUCAUUUGUUUUGAUAGCAAAACAAUUUAGACUUUCCCCGAAAAGUAAUAGUCAGGUGUAGGCCAAGCUUUUUUUUUGAAUGCAAAGUUUCUGCUCUUGUGACUCCUCAGGGAGCUACUUCCCGACACAGGUCUGUCUUUCGCCUGAGACGUCACUUGGUUAUGCAAAUGCGACCCUGAAGUCUGCCGACGGGAGGAGUACCGAAGACAGGCGGCGAGACACCGGACAGAGGAAGGCCUGAAGCUUGUGCGCUUGAUGCAGAAAAAGGGAUGCUAGAGUGUUUAUUUACUUUUUACUCCCGCUUCACAAGCGUAUGAAGACGGGGGAACGGAUUGGCCAAUAAACUGAAAGGUCUGUGAACUGACGGGGCAGACUACUUCCCAAUGUCCUCCCAAUCCCGUUGACUUAUGAGCUGCUCUGUUAACCACUGAUUGGCGGACUGGACUUGGUUGAUAUGAAGAAACUCCUGAGUUCACUGGAACGAUGGAUUAUUAAAUCCUCUUUACUGGUUGACUACUGUGGCUUAAAAUGGCAGCGCUGAUUUUCCCAAAGGGAGGGUUUGAUUUUGUUUCUAAUAUCAACAAUCUAUCCGGGUCCCUCAUGGGUCAGGCAUCAACCCUCAAGAUGCAACCUGAUUGGUUGUGUCCUUUGACAUAAAGAGAAAAACAAAUCGUUACGUUUUGAAAAUGAUGAAGAUGUCCUCUCCCGUGGGACCAGAGGGCAUCCCUUUAACUCAGCCCAAUCCCGUCCCAACGCUGACUAUCCUGCCACCGUCCUCGGACACAGAGUCCUGGUCUCGCUCCCCGAGCCCCAGACCGCCGCGCUCCACCCGCCACGGUCGAUCCCACCGCAGCCGGACCCGCGGCAAGAAGCGCAACGAGGACGAGCAGCGCUGCGCUCCCAAGCGGCAAUGGGGGAAAGCGCCUCAAAUCGUGGUGGUGGAGGAGGAGACCACGGCGCAGGGCGCGGGCCGAUGUCGGAGCCCGUCGCCCUCCCUCUCUGUGACCAGUCAGGGGGGAGGGGAGGCGCAAGGUCAGGGAAUCCCCUCACGGGACCUCCUCUUGCCACCAACCCGCUCCUCGUCUCGCAGUCCCUCUCCCAGCCGGCGCCCCCGCUGGUCCUUCAGGAGCCUGCUCGGCAGAGACUCCGACUGGGAGAGCUGCAGUACGGCCAGUAACUCUCCACGCAGCACCCCCGGCAGCUCGCCCUCCCUGCGGCGCAGGGUCCUCGGGGGCAGCAGGGAGGAGGCAGGAGGAGAGAAGAGCAGCGCUGGAGCAGGUGGAGGAGGUUCAGAAAGCCCCCUGCCCUCCAUACCGUCGGCCUCCUCCCUCACCUCCGCCUACCCGCUUGCUUCUCGCCACUUCAGCCGCAAUGCCAAGAAAAUGCAGAGCUGGUACAAUGUUCUCAGUCCCACGUACAAACAACGGAACGAGGAUUUUCGCAAACUCUUCAAGAAACUUCCUGACACAGAGCGUCUUAUAGUGGACUACUCCUGCGCUCUGCAGAAGGACAUACUGCUCCAGGGCCGCCUCUAUCUGUCGGAGAAUUGGCUCUGUUUCUACAGUAACAUCUUCCGCUGGGAAACCACUAUCACUAUCCUGCUGAAAGACGUGACCUCUAUGACCAAGGAGAAGACUGCCAAGCUCAUCCCGAAUGCCAUCCAGAUCAGCACUGACAACGAGAAGCACUUCUUCACAUCUUUCGGAGCAAGGGAUCGCAGCUUCAUGAUGAUUUUCCGCCUGUGGCAGAACGCCCUGUUGGACAAGUCUCUCUCCCCCAAGGAGCUCUGGCACAUUGUUCACCAGUGUUACGGCACCGAACUGGGCCUCACCAGUGAGGACGACGACUACGUCUCCCCCACCACCGAGCACAUGAACGGCCUGCUGCCGGGAGACGAGUCGGUGUCUGUCACGGAUCUGCUCGACCUGAGCUCCGUGUCGGUCACCUCGUUGGGCAGCUCCCUCUCGCCCCUGUUGGCCUGCGGUCUAGCCAGCCACCCAUCGGCUACUCACCUCGGGGCCGUCUCGCCUCCUUCCUCCGCCUCCUGCCUGCCCAUAGAGGUGCCUUCGUCGUCGGGACGCAGACUCAGCUCCGACCCCCUCGAUCCCAGCCCGCCCAGCUCCCACAGCUCGCUGCCUUCCACCACUCCCACCGACCUCUCGGCCUCUGCUGCCGCCUCCUUCAAUCUGGAAGAGGGAGGGGACAGCCUGUCCGAGUCGGCCAACUGCAUGCCGCCCCCGACAACCACCAGUCUGGGAAACCUCUCCUCAUUGGACGUGACCAUCGACGAGGAGCUGCCCACGGACCCCAGCAACUCCUCCGACACGCAGGAAGAGAGUGAGGUGGAGUCGUUCUGCGCCGACCUGAACGGGCGGUUACACAUCAACAAUGCACUCCGCAUGAGUGUGGACAAGCUGCACGACCUGCUCUUCUCCGCCGACACAAACUUCAUCCAGCACCUCUUCUCUCAGAGGCACUUUACUGACCUAUUGGUGGGCGAGUGGCAGCCAGACAGCAGCAGUGGGACUACCAGCCGGGUGCUUAGCUACACCAUCGCCCUCAACAACCCCCUCGGCCCCAAGACCGCCCCCGUGGUGGAGACGCAGACGCUGCAUAAAAGCAGCGCUCGGGGCGAGUGCUUCGUGGUGGACUCUGAGGUCAUCACCUCCGGCAUCCCCUACCAGGACUACUUCUACACUGUCCACAGAUACAACCUCACCUCCAUCAGCAAGCACAAGAGCCGGCUCAGAGUCUCUUCAGACAUCUGCUACCGGAAGCAGCCGUGGAGCCUGGUGAAAGCACUGAUCGAAAAGAACACCUGGAGCGGCAUCGAGGAGUACUACAGACACAUGGAGAGCGAGGUGUGCAAGCUGGAGACCCUGCUGCAGACCGAGGUCACAGUGGUGACCACGGGCGACCCCGUGGGCGCCGACGCCGCCAAGACGCCGCCCUCCCUGCGCCGACGCAAGCGCGGCUGCUCCAGGCGGCAGGGCGACAAGGAGAGGGAGGGCGGGGGCCUGGGCUCCGGAGACCGAGGGGACAGGGGAGUCGGGGACGAGAGGGACCGCCGGGAAACCAGUGCUCAGUACGUUAAACUGGGCGAGCGCUCUCGAGGAGGAACCAACAGUAUAUCCACCAUCCUCCUCAUCGUCAGCUUCAUGAUCUGUAUCAGUCUGGUGGUGCUGGUGGCUCUCAACAUGCUGCUCUUCUACAAACUGUACGCUCUGGAGAGAGCGGCCCACACACUGGAGACGUGGCACUCCUAUUCUGUCGCCGACAGUCCUUUGCCCCAGACGGCUGGAGAGUGGGCUCAGGUCCUGCAGCUUCAGAAGCAGUUCCAUCAGGCUCAGCUCAACAAAUGGCAACAGAUCCUGCAGUCCUCUGUCACGCUUCUCGACCAGAUGAAACAGUCUUUGGAAAAGCUCCACCAGGGCAUCGUGGUCACGGAGGCGCAGCAGGAUCCCCCUGAUGAUAAUGAUGAUGAUGAUGAUCAGACCCUGUCAAAAUCUACAUCUGAGACCUGAGUCCCCCCACACUCACCCACCCGACCCCCACCCUGACUGUCGCCCACUUGUGAACCCACCCAUGUGGGACUGAUAGAGUUGAAAAGAGAGAGGCCGGUCGACUUGGGUCAGCACACAGCUUGCUCUUUUCCUCAAUCGAAGAAUCAGGGUGGUGGGGGGCGAGCCACAAAUCUCCUCCCCUGACUGACUUGAAAAUGGCCGGAACCAGUAACGACUUCAGUGAACUCAUUCAGACUGGGACCACAGCAAUAAUUUACCUACAGCUGCAAGUCACCUUUUACGUAGUGAAUGGAAACGGGCCACUGGUGGGCCGGCGUAGACCAUCUCCCCCCCCCCCCCCCCCCCCCCAUUUCAUGACUAUCACAACCUACCGUUUCAGAGGGAUCGGUGAUUCUGGAACGUGGCGGGUCCUCCCGGUCCUGGGAUCAGCUCGACACCUUUUUGCCUCCAUGGUGAACACCUGCUGAAGCUAUAAAGAGGGGGGAGAACCUCGCCCCCCCCCCCCCCCCUUGUGUGUGGUAGGGGGAGUGAGUGAGUGAGCAAGGCUCUGGCUCCCUCCGCCUACCCCCACCCCAACCCCCCCCCCCCCCCCCCCCCAGAGGCGAGAAACAUUUUGAGAGCAGACACUUUAGUUUUCAGCUUUAUUUUUAGAUGUAAAUUAUACAUCCGAAGAUGAAUCUCAAACACCCUCCCACUGCUCCCAGUGCUCCGGUAGGGCUUUAAGUUUGACAGUAUUUAUUAUUACCAACAACGUUCCGCCCGAGGUCCCGCCCCCCCGCCGGAUCAUUGUGUGGCUCUGAUUUGCUGUUACAGUACGGACCAAGAGGAGCUGCAACCACUACUGUCACUGCAAUAUGGACAAUAGCGAUGCUAGUACUUUUUGAAUGUUUGAAACAAAGUAGUAUAUAAUAAUGAUAAUGUGUGGCUGUGGAGGCGAAAAACCGAGGAUUUUGACUUGACUGGUGUGUGUGUGUGUGUGUGUGUGUGUGUGUGUGACUGUGUUCAUGAGUCCUCACCAUUUCAGAUGUUACAUUUUCAAAUAUUAGCGUUCCUCUAGUUUGACAUUUCUCUUCCACGUUGGGCGGAUCGCGCUCUUCUUUCAGCAGAGAGCCGGAAGUUGACUUGAUCCAGAUGUCCCACACAAGAGGACCAACCCCAAUUCUGUAGGUGACGAAAAAAAGGGAAUCUGUUUUGUGUGUGUGUGUGAGAGAGAUUAAUUUGAAUCACUUGUCUUCUUUUUAUUUGAUUCAUUUUCUACUUUUUUUGUUGUUGUCUGUCAACUCGAUGAUGUGAAAACAUCUCACCCACCUGUACUCCCCGUUUCUUGUUCUUCGUCUUCUCAUCAAUCAGCCCCACUCUUCCUCUCUAGGCCCCCCCAAUCCCCCCCGCCCCGCCAACACCUUCUCUCUCUCUCUCUCGGAGUUUCACUGAAAAUGGCGGCUACAUAAGCAUGUGGGCCACGCUGUGCAUGGCCUUUGUGGGUAACAAAAUGGUGUAAUAUUUAUUGAUAAAGGAGAGGAUUGAGGGGUGUUGGGGAUAUUAUGGGAGAGCGAUGGAUGAGAAGCGGGGAUAAUAAACUGUAAAGAUGUGAUUGCACACCGCUCCAUGGAGAGAAAUGAAAAGUUCUAAAACAUAAAA